CGGACGCCCCGAUCCGACGGCCACCCCGUCCCCCGCAUCUCGUUGCCCCCAGCUCCCUCACCACUGUUUUGCGACUUUACAAGAAACUGAAACUGAUGAACGCCUCUCUCCGCCUCUUCCCAAAUCCAGAAACCACAAACCCCGUCCAGCCCAAAAUCCCGGGAAAUUUCGAGAUCUUGUUCCGAUUCGCCGGCGUUAGUGCAUCUGUGUUCGGCGAUUUCGUCGAUCUAGUGCGCUGACCCGAGGAAUUUUGGAGAAACUGUGCGAUUAUCCUGCGUUCUUUGGGUUCUUUGAGGGGGAUCAGAGUUGAUGCUGGAGCUGAGCUUGUGAUCACAUCCCCCCUGAGAAAAUGCCGGUCUCCACGCGGUCUCAGGCCAGCGCGAUCCGCGGCGGCGAUGGUGGCGCUCGGCCGUCGGCGGCGCGGGUGCCGGCGUCGGCCCCAGGUCACGACGGCCCGGCGCGGCGGGGGCACCUCGCGAACCCGCACCACGGGCUCAAGGAGAAGAUGCACGCGCUCACGCUCUUCUACGAGCAGCACAAGCAGCAGCUCGCCUCGUCGCAGGGCGCCGCCGCCGUCCGCCGCAGCCGCAGCAUCCAGCAUGCCAUCGUCGAGGGGGGCAAGGACGAGAACGGCAGGGAUGCCGGCGAGGAGGAGGAGGCUGCCAAGCGCUACGGCGACGCCUUUGCUCCGGUCCCCGAGGCGGCGGUGCUGAGGGAAAACAUGGCGCCUCCGGAGGCGCGAGCACCUUCUUCCAGGAACGACAACGUCGUCGUCUUCUCGCGGCCAGCGGAGCACAAGGAGAAGGAGAACGUGGCCCACCCAGUCAACGCCAUGUCCUGCCCCGUCAAGAAGUUGGAGCCGGCGCUCCCGCCGUCGUCGGCGAGGAAGCUCUCACUGGGAGGUGGCAUGGGCGGCAAGCUGAAGGCUGUAGGAGAAAUCGGGCCCGGCAAUGCCGACGCCACGGGGAGCCGUAUCCUGGUGUUCGUCCGGCUGCGGCCGAUGUCGAGAAAGGAAAAGGAGGCCGGGUCCAAGAGCUGCGUCAAGAUCCUGAACAAGAAGGACGUGGAUCUCACGGACUUGGCCUCCGAGAACGACUACCUCCGCCUGAAGCGGGGGCGCGGCCACCACCAUUUCUGCUUUGAUGCAUCCUUCCCCGACUCCACGACGCAGGCCGAAGUCUACAGCACCUCGACAGCAGAUCUCGUUGAAGGUGUUCUGCAAGGUAGGAACGGGACAGUGUUCUGCUAUGGAGCAACAGGGGCUGGGAAAACUUAUACAAUGCUCGGGACGAUGGAAAACCCAGGUGUAAUGGUGCUCGCAAUCAAGGAUUUGUUCUCUAAGGUGAGGCAGAGGAGCUAUGACGGCAGCCACUCAAUUCAGCUGUCGUACCUCGAGGUCUACAAUGAGACGGUGAGGGAUUUACUGUCUCCUGGAAGACCCCUCCUCCUAAGAGAGGAUAAGCAGGGAAUUGUUGCCGCUGGUCUUACACAAUAUAGGGCAUACUCCACAGAUGAAGUUAUGAAAUUACUUCAACAAGGUAACCAGAAUAGGACAACUGAACCAACUCGAAUGAAUGAGACCUCAUCACGCUCUCAUGCAAUACUACAGGUUGUUGUUGAAUAUAGAUACCUGGAUGGAGCUAAUAUUGUAGCACGAGUCGGAAAGCUCUCGCUCAUUGAUCUUGCUGGAUCAGAGAGAGCUCUAGCAACCGAUCAACGCACGCAGAGGUCGCUGGAAGGAGCAAACAUAAAUCGCUCUCUCCUUGCACUCAGCAGUUGCAUCAAUGCUCUUGUGGAGGGGAAGAGGCACAUACCAUACCGCAAUUCCAAGCUGACACAGCUCCUGAAGGAUUCACUCGGGGGGGCAUGCAACACUGUCAUGAUUGCAAACAUCAGCCCCUCUAAUCUUUCCUUUGGUGAGACACAGAACACUCUUCACUGGGCUGACCGUGCCAAGGAGAUAAAAACCAAGGCAAUGACCGCUGGGAAUGAGGAGAGCUAUAAGGCACCAGAUGCGGAUGCUGACCAGUCUAAGCUAGUACUGGAGCUCCAGAAGGAGAAUAGCGAGCUGAGGCAGCAGGUGGCGAAGCAGCAACAGAAGCUACUGACCGUGCAGGCUCAGUCCCUUGCUUCCAACGCCUCACCGCAACAAUCUGUUGCCCCCUCGCCUCCCAUUACCAUGCCAUGCUCAACCCAAAGGAAGGCAAAGCGAUCUAUAUUGGAUGGGAGCUGUUUCAGCACACCAAAUCACAAAAGGCCAGUUGACAAUGCACAGGUUCGAGAUCUGCAGAGGAAAGUGAAGUCCCUGGAGGCUGAGAUUGAGAAGAUGAAGAAAGAACACUUUCUGCAGCUCAAGCAGAAGGACGAGUUCAUCCGUGGUUUGAUCAACAGAAAGAAUUCAAAUGACCCUGAAGCAGCAACAACUGAAAGAAGAGUUAUCAUGAGGACCUCCCUACGAAAGGUGCAGAAAGAUACAGCAGCUGCAGGCGAGCUGAAGAGCCCAAGCCACCGGUUCAAAUCACCUACUCCAACUGCUAAGAAGCGUACCUUCUGGGACUUCGGAGGUGAGAGCCCUUCAGUUCUUGCUGUCAAUGGAAGGAAAACUCGGAGCCAUGUGGCUGCUGAUACACCACCGAGGGCCCCUUCGAUGCUACUUCAGCCGGGAUUCACACGUCAAAGAGCCUAAAACGGAGACUUAGGACGCUCAGGAGUUGACAGCUACACCCGAUAGAGAUGUUCAUAUCUUGCUUUUGUCAGCUAUGGCAAUGGGAGUUUUUGUUGAAAUCCCUGUAUUCUGUUGAUUGAAUUCAGUUUAACAUAUAUAGUUUUCUUGGUGUUAAUUUACAAUAUUAGAACUUUAAAAUAUUUUUUUCAGGACAGAGGACAUGAGCUGAUUUUUUUUAUAGUAAAGACACAAGCUUUCCUUACUGUUA